CGGGAAGAUUAUGAGCUCCUUCUCCCCCACGACUCAAUCUCACCACUGCUCGCACUUCAACUGGUUAGUUAGGGUUUAGAAAAAGGACGGAAAAGAUAGCUCAAGCCAAACCCUAUCCGUCCGCCUGUUCAUCAUUUGUUGGAGGGAGAGCACAGCACAGCGCCGAAUCAAAUGGCUUCUUCACUUUCCUUGAAGCGUGGACGUUGCGAGAGCGACAGCUUGUCUUCCGCCCGAUUGUCGCCGGUGGUUGUGUUCUCUCCCGGCCCUGGUUGUACCGUCUCGUCCGAUUGGAUGAUCAGUUGGAAGGAGAUGCUGGAAGAUGCUCUGGAUGCUGUUGAAGUAAUCACCGUCCAGCAACUCUAUAGUUCCGGGGAACUUUCAAGACAAUAUGAUGCGGCGAGUUACCAUGGCUUUUGUGCGAGAAUGGCAGCGAGGAAAUACUCUGGACAUCCUCUGGUUUUGGCUGGGAGAUCUCUGGGUUCAAGACUAAGCUGCUUAGUGGAAGCUAAGGAGGGGGUUGAAGUUGCAGCGGUGAUAUGCUUGGGCUACCCCCUCGAGGGCAUGACUGGAGCAGUUGAGGAUGAUGAGGCACUGAUGCAAGUCAAAGCCCCCGUUAUAUUUGUUCAGGGUAGUAAAGAUGUGUUCUGCCCACUUGGAAAGUUGGAAGCCACCCGCAAGAAGAUGAAUUGCUACAACGAGUUGCAUGUAGUUGAUGGAGGCAACCACUCGUUCAGGAUUGGAAAGCGACAUCUACUUGCCAAUCAGUUGACACAAGACGAAGUUGAAAUGAAAGCUGUUGGGGUUAUUGCUUCAUUCAUUUCGGGUUGUCUGAGAGGAGCAUUUCUUGGCCGUCAGGUUCAGCAGAUUCAAGUUGCUUCAACUCUUUUCCCAUUGAAUCACCACCAAAACAAAGAUGCAGGAAAUACUAGCUCAUCACUAUCACCUGUGGUUGUUUUUGCCCCUGGCUCUAGUGCUCCAUCUUCUUCUAGUUGGAUGUUCAGGUGGAAGGUGAUGCUCAAGAAUGCUCUGGAUGCUAUUGAAGUCAUCACCUUUGACUAUCCUUAUAUGAUUGGUGAAAAGAAGAGGGCUCCUCCAAAAGCUGAAAGACUGGUCCGGUUUCACAAGGAUAUUGUGAAACAGGCCACAGAGAAGUACCCUGGACAUCCUCUAAUCUUGGCUGGGAAAGCCAUGGGAGCAAGAGUGAGCUGCAUGGUGGCUGGUGAGGUGGACGUUGCAGCUUCAGCAGUAGUAUGCUUGGGGUACCCACUUAAGAGCCUAGUCCGAGCCACACUGAAUGAUUCACUGAUGCAACUUCUAGUCCCAGUCAUGUUUGUACAGGGUAGCAACGAUGUUUUCUGUCCAUUUGAUAUGCUGCAAUCGGUUCGCCAGAAGUUGAAAUGCCGGAGCAGGUUGCACGUCGUAGAUGGAGGGGAUCAUUCUCUCAAGAUAUCGGUUGAGCAAAAGCUGGAAGAUGGCUCCACUCAACACGAAGCUGACAUGGAUGCUGUUGGCGCCGUUGCUUCCUUCGUUUCCAGCUGCCUAACUCACAAGAAAUCACAAUAACGCGAUGUAAAUAUUUCACCACCUAGCUAGCUCUCUUUUGGUAUAUGUAUGUAGUAACAUGGGCAGGUUUCUGGGUGACCAUUUCCCGGGGGAAUCAGGAUGCAUAUAUAGUUAGGGAAUGUAACUGCAGUGAUAUUGAACAUUCCUGUAGCUAAUUUUGUGGUUAGUAUUGGGGAGGCCUCUAUGUGCCAGCCAUUUUGGAUCUUAUCAGGUUAACUAAAGCUCUUUAUGGAAUCAGGCAAACCAUAGUUGAACAUCUUUAUUCCAAUGGUGAAAUUAAGCUGCUAGUGCUAGCAAUCCACCACUUUUGUUCCUUUAUUUAAUCAAAGCAACAUCUUCUUAACUUUGCAUACUUAGAUGCUUAAUAGAGUAGUCCCCAUGCAUUCAGCUGAUUUAGAUUCUUAAUCACUGUCGCUGCUGCUGCUGCUGCUGUCUUUCCCACACUUCUUGUUCUUCUUCUCCUUCUUGUCCUUCUUAUUCUUCUUGACCUUGUCACCGCUCUUGGUUUUCAUCUUAGUCUCACUUGAUGAGCACUUCUUCUCCCCCUUGUAGUACUCAGUUGCAGCAACCAUUCCAUGAGAGCCGUGCUGUUCGGCAUGGCCGUGAGUAGUACCAGCAGCAUUCUUGAAGCCAGCCUGAGCAUGGCCACAGCUAUCUGCCUUUUGAUGGCCUGCAGUCUCGUGGCCGCUCUUGAAGCCAGCCUGAGCAUGACCCCAGCUAUCAGCAUUAUGAUGGCCUGCGGUCUCAUGGCCGCUCUUGAAGCCAGACUGAGCAUGGCCCCAGCCCGCGGUCUCGUGGCCGCUCCUGAAGCCAGCCUGAGCAUGGCCAGAGUGAUCGGCCUUGUGAUGGCCAGAGGUUUCAUGGCCACUCUUGAAGCCGGCCUGAGCAUGGCCACAGUUAUCAGCCUUGUGAUGGCCACCAUUGAAGCCGGCAUGGGCAUGGUUUCCCUGGCUCGAGGCAUGAGAAAAUUGGCCAGCUGAAGCAUGAGUACCAUGCUUCUGAUGGCCAGCAGAGAUGUCAUGGUGGCCCAUGAAGCCAGAGGCGCCAUGCUCGUGGCCAUGGGAAGCAGAAAAGUUGGAGCUGGAUUGUUUCUGCUGGUGAUGGCUCGUGACCAUGCCAUGGCCAUGGCCAUUUUGGCUCUGGGAGUGCUUCAGCUGGCUGUUGCAGUUGCCAGAGACCUGGUGGCCACCAUCAGAGUGGUACUGGGGCUCGUGGUGGCCGAAAUUGUGGUGCUCCAGCGACUGAUGAUGGUUAGCGUGGCAGGCAUCGUGGUCAGCAGGGCGGUAGCAUUUCAUUGAAGCCAUGGUAACAGGUUUCUUGUGGGGUGCUGUAUGAUCCAAGGCUAUAAGAAAUG